AAAACGUCUAUGGGAAUUUUUUAAAUUAAGUAUAAAUAGUCUGAAACAUUGUUCUUUUCAAAAAUAAUAGUUUUGUGAAGUACUUGGAAUAAGCACAUAAUUGAAAAUGUUUAAACUCGUGGUGAUUUUGGCAUUGGCUGUAACUGUUUUCGCUGGGGGAAAAGAGGAAAAAAAAUAUGGAUCAGGAAGCUUUGACCAACACGGUCAUGGUGGUGGAUUCCAACAAGGAGGACAACAUGGUGGUUUCCAACAAGGUGGUCAGCAUGGUGGAUUCCAACAAGGUGGAUUCCCACAUGGUGGUCAGCAAGGUGGAUUCCAACAAGGUGGCCAACAUGGUGGAUUCCAACAAGGUGGCCAACAUGGUGGAUUCCAACAAGGGGGCCAACAUGGUGGAUUCCAGCAAGGAGGGCAUGGUGGAAGUCAACAUGGACAUGAUCAAUUUGGAUCGCACGGUAGUCAACAUGGUCAUGGUGGCGGUCAGUACCAAGGUCAGCAUGGUGGUUCACAUGGUGGAUUUGAUCAACAUCAUGGUGGUUCACAUGGAGGUUUUAGCGGACAAGGACCACAUGGCCAUCAUUACUAAUGUAUUCAAUAAAAUUAAAUUUAUGUUCUUUUAA